GCCACGUGAUCACUUUCUUUUGCCGAGCAUUAUUAUUCGUUGCCGAUUCAUAAAGUUUUUGAAUCAAAGCAGACAUAUUUCUCCCUUCAACUUAUCAACUCAUGAUGGCUCAGUCACCACAAUCUCAGUCUCAGUCCAAGCCUCUUCACCACAAAGAGAGCAAUCCCCAAUCACCAAUAAUAGAUGACGUUGAAGAAGAGAGUUUCUGCUACGCCAUGCAGCUCGCGACCUCCUCCGCGAUUUCCAUGGCGAUGCAAACAGCGGUGGAGCUCGGCGUCUUCGACGUCAUUCAUAGAGCUGGUCACGACGCCAAGCUCUCCGCCGCUGAGAUCGCGACAGAGCUUUCUUUCAAGAACUCCGAAGCGCCUUCCGCACUCGAUCGUCUCCUCUGGCUUCUAGCGUCGCACUCUGUUCUUUCCUGUUCCGUCAUCACCAAUGAGGAUCGAGGGCCGGGGUGUUUCCGACGAGUGUACGGCCUCCGUCCCGUGGCCAAAUUCUUUGCGAGAAAUGAGGAUGGAGUGUCGUUGGGCCCUUUUAUUGCGUUGAAUCAAGAUAAGGUCUUUCUUGAUAGCUGGCGAGAAUUGAAGAAUGCAAUAUGUGAAGGAGGCAUAGCGUUCAAUAGGGUGUAUGGCUCACAUGCUUUUGAGUAUCCGGGAUUGGAUUCAAGGUUUAACGAUGUCUUCAACAAGGCAAUGGUGAAUCAGACCACCUUAGUUGUGACCAAAAUUCUUGAAUCCUACCGAGGUUUCGAGGACAUCACCCGACUUGUUGACGUUGGUGGAGGUCAUGGGGUUACUCUAAGCUUGAUCACUACUAAAUAUCCUCACGUUCAAGGAAUCAAUUUCGACCUGCCUCAUGUCAUCCAGCACGCUCCUCCUUACUCUGGAGUCGAACAUCUGGGAGGAGAUAUGUUUGAAAGCGUGCCCCCAGGAGAUGCCAUCUUCAUGAAGUGGAUACUUCACGAUUGGAGUGACGAAUGGUGCUUGAAGCUGUUGAAGAACUGUCACAAUGCCAUUCCUGAAGAUGGAAAAGUGAUUGUGGUGGACGCAGUUUUGCCCAUUAUACCAGAGACUUCUGCUGCUGCAAAGACCACUUCCCAACUUGAUGUGAUGAUGAUGACUCAGAACCCAGGUGGCAAAGAGAGAAGUGAGCAAGAGUUCAUGGAAUUGGCUACGGCAGCAGGAUUUAGUGGCAUCAGAUAUGAAUGUUUUGUUCGUAACUUUUGGAUUAUGGAAUUCUUCAAAUAGAUAUUUCCAUUUUCUGAGAGUAUUAUUAUGCAUUUUAUAAUUAACCUGGUAAUCAAAUAUGAUGAUUUAUUUUGCAUCCUGCAAUCCAACUGUGUUAUUUGGAAGAAGUGUGAGAAUACAAAUUGGAUAUGGAAGUACGGUAUGAUUACCCUAUAAUUAUUCUUUUCU